AUGGGAGAAUCUCCAGUUGAAAAAAGACCACAAUUUGGAAACAGAUUCUUGGAAAAUGCUGAGGAAGUUUUCCAACAUAACGCGUGGGAUAAUGUGGACUGGGAUGAGGAACAAGAAAAAGUUGCACGGGAGAAGGUUGAAUUGAACUCGCAGAUUAUAUUUUCCGAUGAUCAAAUGAAGUCUUUAGAAGAUGAUGCUGACAAACACUGGGAUGCCUUUUAUGAUAUUCAUCAAAAUAGGUUUUUCAAAGACCGUCAUUGGUUGUUCACUGAGUUUCCAGAGCUGGCUCCAGAUAACACAACAGCUCCAGUAAGAGUAUACCCAGAAGGAAAGAAUUGUACAAUUAAAAGUAAUGAACUCAAAACUAAGAAUGAAACAAAACGAUAUAUAUUUGAAAUAGGCUGCGGAGUUGGAAAUACUAUCUUCCCUAUUCUUCAAUACAGUCAAGACCCAAACCUUUUUAUAUAUGGCUGUGAUUUUUCAUCAAAAGCUAUAGAUAUCAUAAAGCAAAGUGAACUGUAUGAUACAAAGAGAUGUAAUGUAUUUGUCCUGGAUGCUACACUCAAUGAUUGGAAUGUACCCUUUCAGGAGAAUUCUAUAGAUAUUAUUGUUUUAAUUUUUGUUUUGUCAGCAAUAGAUCCAUGCAAGAUGCCUACAGUAAUAAGCAACAUCUACAAAUACCUCAAGCCUGGAGGACUUCUAGUACUCCGUGAUUAUGGACGAUAUGACCUUGCUCAGCUUAGAUUCAAGAAAGGUCGCUGUAUUUCAGAGAAUUUCUACGCUAGAGGUGAUAAUACCAGAGUAUAUUUUUUCACACAAGAAGAAAUAACGAAUCUCUUUAAAGGAGCUGGCUUUUUGGAAGAACAGAACUUGAUUGAUAGAAGACUUCAAGUGAAUAGAGGUAAAAUGUUGAAAAUGUACAGAGUUUGGAUACAAGGAAAAUAUAGAAAACCAUUAUAA